CGGAGGAGGUGAGACUGACAGCAGGAGUCCGCCUGCGGGUGGAAGGAGAAGAGGCAGAGAGCGCAUUCCUGACUUCACUCUCAGAAGCGUCUCUCCCCUGCGAGGCCACCCGACACCGAAGUGCGACUCUUGGAGACUUUUCUUUAAGAGGCCGCCCGGGCCGUGGACGGGGAGGGCGCGCCGCCCGGCGGUGCCGGCGCCCUGGCAGCCGCGAUGAGGGUCAAUGAGAAGUACUCGACGCUCCCGGCCGAGGACCGCAGCGUCCACAUCAUCAACAUCUGCGCCAUCGAGGACCUCGGCUACCAGCCGUCCGAGGGCACGCUGCUGAACUCGCUGUCCGUGAACCCUGACGCCAAGUGCAAGUAUGGCCUGUACUUCCGCGAUGGCAAACGCAAGGUGGACUACGUCUUGGUGUACCAUCACAAGCGGGGCUCGGGCAGCAGGACGCUGGCCAGGAGGGUCCUGCAGAACGACGCCGCGCUGGGCACCCGCAGCGCCCGGCAGGACCAGCCCCUGCCCGGGAAGGGCAGCCCUGGGGGCGCGCGCCAGCAGGAGCCCCCCAUGGACUUCCACGAGGAUGACAAGCGGUUCCGCAGGGAGGAGUACGAGGGGAACCUCCUGGAGGCGGGUCUGGAGCUGGAGCACGACGAGGAGACCAAAAUCCACGGCGUCGGGUUUGUGAAGAUCCACGCGCCCUGGAACGUGCUGUGCAGAGAGGCCGAGUUUCUGAAACUGAAGAUGCCGACCAAGAAGAUGUAUCACAUCAACGAGACGCGGGGCCUCCUGAAAAAGAUCAACUCGGUGCUCCAGAAGAUCACGGACCCCAUCCAGCCCCGGGUGGCGGAGCACAGAGCCCAGACCAUGAAGAGACUGUCCUACCCCUUCUCCAGGGAGAAGCAGCACCUAUUUGACCUGUCUGACAAGGAUUCCUUUUUCGAUAGCAAAACCCGCAGCACAAUAGUCUAUGAAAUUCUGAAAAGAACAACGUGUACCAAAGCCAAGUACAGCAUGGGGCAUGGAGAGGGAAGAAAGAAGGACUCUGCCCUUUUAAGUAAAAGGCGAAAGUGUGGUAAAUACGGCAUCACCAGCCUGCUGGCCAAUGGCGUCUACUCGGCCGCCUACCCUCUGCACGAUGGAGAGUAUGAAGGUGAGGACGUGGAGUUCAAUGACAGAAAACUCCUGUACGAAGAGUGGGCCAGCUACGGCGUCUUCUAUAAGUACCAGCCCAUCGACCUGGUCAGGAAGUACUUUGGGGAGAAGAUCGGCCUGUACUUCGCCUGGCUGGGCGUGUACACCCAGAUGCUCAUCCCCGCCUCCAUUGUCGGGGUCAUCGUUUUCCUCUAUGGAUGCGCCACCGUCAAUGAAAACAUCCCCAGCAUGGAGAUGUGUGACCAGAGCCACAACAUUACCAUGUGCCCGCUGUGCGACAAGACCUGCAGCUACUGGAAGAUGAGCUCGGCCUGCGCCACGGCCCGGGCCAGCCACCUCUUCGACAACCCGGCCACCGUCUUCUUCUCCAUCUUCAUGGCUCUCUGGGCCGCCACCUUCAUGGAGCACUGGAAGCGGAAACAGAUGCGUCUCAACUACCGCUGGGACCUCACAGGCUUCGAGGAGGAGGAGGAGGCCGUCAAGGACCAUCCCAGAGCUGAGUAUGAAGCUAGAGUUUUGGAGAAGUCACUCAGGAAAGAAUCCAAGAACAAAGAGGAUGAAAUGGAAGGGAUUGCUCAACCAGCCAUCCCUGAACAAAUGGCCAGUUCCUUGUUCCACUCACAGACAAGGAGGAUGAGAGAGAGAGAGAAGCACCGGAAUAUUCCAGAAGAGUCAACAAACAAAUGGAAGCAGAGGGUUAAGACAGCCAUGGCGGGGGUGAAAUUGACUGACAAGGUGAAGCUGACCUGGAGAGACCGGUUCCCCGCCUACUUCACCAACUUGAUGUCCAUCGUCUUCAUGAUCGCGGUCACCUUCGCCAUCGUCCUUGGAGUCAUCAUCUACAGAAUCUCCACAGCCGCCGCCUUAGCCAUGAACUCCUCCCCCUCCGUGCGGUCCAACAUCCGGGUCACAGUCACGGCCACUGCAGUCAUCAUCAACCUGGUGGUCAUCAUCCUGCUGGACGAGGUCUACGGCUGCGUAGCCCGGUGGCUCACCAAGAUCGAGGUCCCCAAGACUGAGAAGAGCUUCGAGGAGAGGCUGAUCUUCAAGGCUUUCCUGCUGAAGUUCGUCAACUCCUACACCCCCAUCUUUUACGUGGCUUUCUUCAAAGGCCGGUUCGUGGGGCGCCCCGGCGACUACGUGUACAUCUUCCGGUCCUUCCGCAUGGAAGAGUGCGCCCCGGGCGGCUGCCUGAUGGAGCUGUGCAUCCAGCUCAGCAUCAUCAUGCUGGGCAAGCAGCUCAUCCAGAACAACCUGUUCGAGAUCGGCAUCCCGAAGAUGAAGAAGUUCAUCCGCUACCUGCGGCUGAAGCGCCAGAGCCCCGCCGACCACGACGAGCACAUGAAGAGGAAGCAGCGAUACGAGGCGGACUUCACGCUGGAGCCGUUCGGGGGCCUCACCCCCGAGUACAUGGAGAUGAUCAUCCAGUUUGGCUUCGUCACCCUGUUUGUGGCAUCCUUCCCCCUCGCCCCGCUGUUCGCGCUGCUGAAUAAUAUCAUCGAGAUCCGCCUGGACGCCAAAAAGUUCGUCACCGAGCUGCGCAGGCCGGUGGCCGUCAGGGCCAAGGACAUCGGAAUCUGGUACAACAUUCUCAGAGGCAUCGGGAAACUUGCCGUCAUCAUCAACGCCUUUGUGAUCUCCUUCACGUCCGACUUCAUCCCCCGCCUGGUGUACCUGUACAUGUACAGCAAGAACGGGACCAUGCACGGCUUCGUCAACCACACCCUCUCCUCCUUCAACGUCAGCGACUUCCAGGACGGCACGGCCCCCAACGACCCCCUGGACCUGGGCUACGAGGUGCACGUCUGCAGGUACAAAGAUUACCGGGAGCCCCCGUGGUCGGAACACAAGUACGACAUCUCCAAGGACUUCUGGGCCGUCCUGGCGGCACGGCUGGCCUUCGUCAUCGUCUUCCAGAACCUGGUCAUGUUCAUGAGCGACUUCGUGGACUGGGUCAUCCCGGACAUCCCCAAGGACAUCAGCCAGCAGAUCCACAAGGAGAAGGUGCUGAUGGUCGAGCUGUUCAUGCGGGAGGAGCAGGGCAAGCAGCAGCUGCUGGACACGUGGAUGGAGCGGGGCCCGAAGAAGAGCGAGCCCUGCAGCAACCACAGCCCCCAGGCCGGCCCGGACGGCCCCGAAAACCACGGGGGCGCCCUGUAGCGGCCCCGGCGCCCGACCAAGGGGCACCUCUCCCGGGCAGGCGGCCCACCCCCACCAGGUCGGGUGGCUCCUGUGUUUGCAGCAAACCUUGAAGACCACCUUCUGAUAGGACGACAUUUUUUAAAAUCUUUUUUCUGGGUUUCUGUUUUUUUCCCUUGUUUUUGCACAAACCCAUGAUGCAGGGAAUUUUUUAUCUUUUCUCUUGGAGUUAAUCAGAAUGGUUGCUGGGAUAGGGUGGUGCACGCGGCAGAGGCGGCCUUUGCAGGGCAGUCCUGGCGUCUCCCCCCCCCCCCCCCCCCCGCCCCACGGCGGCCAUGAGCAGAGGCGCCGGGGAGCACCUUCUGUAAUCCCCCUGGCACCCUGACAGGUGGGAACAGCACCCGAGGCCCUGGGCACAUCUGGUGCCACCUGGAGGGGGAACAGAGAGGAAUGAGCCAUUUGAGACCAGUUCCCUGAGACCUCACCUGCCUCUCGGUCAGGAGAGCGAGCCGAUUUCCAUCACCUUUUCUGUAGGCUCAGAAGCAGGCAUUCUGGUCAGGGGAGGUGGCCUGGCCAUGUCGGCCAGAGGGCGUGGGAGCGUCCAGCUUACGCCUGAGCCAGCGGGGGGCAGGUCCCACCGGGAGCCACACCUGUCCCCUCCCCACCCCACCCCACCCCACCCCCGCACCGGGAGCUGGCCUCACAGCUGUCCCCUUUCCUCAUGGGCAAUGCCCAGCGACAGGACAGCAGGCAGUGAGCGGUCACCCGGACGCAUCUGGGGGCGACAGUGGUUUCAGGAAGUCUAACAGCUCCCAGGGUUCGGUCACAGCUUUAGGAUAUUUAUUGAGGGUUUGUGUUUUUUUGGUUUUUUUUUUUUAAUCGAUUCUACGGUGGAUUUGAAGGGUUUUUUUCCUGUAGCUCAAAGGUGGAAGGAAUUUCUUUUACUAGUUAACCAAGUAUCAUUGAGAGGAAUUUAAAAUACUGUUACUACCAAAGAUUUUUAUUAAUAAAGUCUUCUAUUUUGGUAACACUUCUCUAUAUUUUUACUCACAGGAAUGUUACUGUUGGACAGUUAGGAUUUUAAGAGCUUGUGUACACAGGUCUUGUGGGUGCCGGGGUCCAAGCCUCGAGCACCCAGAGAAACACAGGAGGGAAGCAGACACACCGGCUGCCAGCCCUGGUCAUAGUCUGCAGGCGGCGAUGCCCGUCAUGUGCUAAAAUCGUGCCAUCGGAUGCGUCUGUGUUCUUGUGUACAGGAAGUUGUGUGAAAUGGGGGUUUUGUAUACGAAUAUUGUAUUAAAAACUAGGUGAUGACCAA